AGAAGUCUGGGGGCUUCUGAGAGAAAUUAACAGAGAAUAACAAAAGUUCACAAAACAAUCUCAAUUAAUCUUGAUUUUCUGCUUCAAUGGUUGAAACAGAUGCAGCAGGUUCGCAGAGUUGCAUAAAAAAUGAUUGCAAUGGAGCAAGAAAAAUAAAAAUUAGUUCAAUCCAAAAAUCUCUUCUUUCUGAUUUUUCCUCGUUGAACUGCUGAUUUUUCCUCCUUGAACGGCUGUUGGAUGUUUGAUCAGCGAUGGUGAAAAACUUUCCAAUUAAACUGCUGUUUACUGAGUUAAACUGGAGUUGCUACAGAGCCGCGGCCAACUGGAGCUAAACUGCAGUUUGAAGAGUCGCGCAGUAAACGGACAGUUCAAUUGUUAUUUAUCUUUGAUAACUGCAUCUAUGAUUUUAAGAGCCAUGAUGGUGCAUCCUGAAACAAGAUAAAAGUUCUGCACUUAGCAAUGGCGACUCCCCGUGAGCAUAUUGAAGAGAUAAGAAGAAAUAAGUUUUCCAUAGGCGGAGAAGAAAAUCCAAUUACAGAAGCUCUUCAUCAUGCUGUUAGAAAUCUCUCAGCAGAACUCUACACCAAAGAUGGAACUCAUACAGAAUGCAGAAGACAAUGAGUAUGCAGCUGAUGUUGAACCAUCAUUGGAAUUUGUGGUAACGAGCAGAGAUGUGACUGGUGCGGGUGCCCCUGCUACUCUGUUGGUGUUUAACAAUGAGAAGGGCUUCACUCCCCGAAACAUCGAAUCCCUCUGCAGUGUCGGACGAUCGACCAAGAAGGGUAAAAGACAGGGAGGCUACAUUGGAGAGAAAGGAAUUGGGUUCAAGAGUGUUUUCUUGGUCACGAACCAGCCGUAUAUUUUCAGCAUCGGGUAUAAAAUUCGAUUCAAUGAAAUCCCUUCAUCUGGGGUCAAAAUUGGGUAUAUAGUUCCAGAGUGGAUCGACAAGCCAAAUAUUCAAGAUCUCGAAAUGGUAUAUGGUAGCCAAUGUCAAGGUGAGAUUCCCAAUAGUGUUAAAGUUCUCCCUUUACGCCCGGAGAAGGUGAAGGGGGUGAAGAACCAGCUUGCUAACAUUCAUCCAGAAGUCAUUUUGUUUAUGUCCAAAAUUAAAAGACUCUCUGUCCGUGAAGAUGGCCAAAAUCAAAAUCCCCGGGUGAAUGCAGUCUCUGUUUCUCAGGAAAUAGCAUUUCAGAAUGUGAAGAGUGAGAGAAGUGAAUCAUUUAUUCUCCAUAUAUCGGCAGAGGAAAAUGGAAAACCGAAUGGAGAAUGCAGUUAUUACAUGUGGAGGCAAAGAUUUCCUGUGAAAUCGAACAGCCGGGUGAAGGGGAGAAGAGAUAUUGACAAUUGGGUGAUAACACUUGCUUUUCCCCGCGAACAUCGAGUUACCAGAGGCAACAAGGUAGGUGCUGGUAUUUAUGCAUUUCUUCCCACAGAAAUAGUCACAGGAUUGCCCUUCAUAAUUCAAGCAGAUUUUUUGUUGGCGUCCUCGAGGGAAAGAAUUCUUUGGGACAACAAGUGGAAUCAAGGGAUUCUUGACUGCAUUCCCUCAAUAUUUUGUGAAGCUUUUUUUAUCUCUUUUGAAGAGUGUGACAGGGGCUCAUCCCUCUGCGAGAUCAUAUAGCUUCAGGGACCUCCCUUCUAAUAUUCCCUCUUAUCUGCAACUAAGACGAAUUUGGAGAGAAAUCCAAGCCAAGCUCAAGACAGAAGAAGUUAUCUUAUGUGAACCUGGAAAUGUUUAUUGCACACCCAUUCGAGCUUGCAAAAUACUUGCAGGCUUUAGAAAAAUACUAGACGCAGCAACCGAAAAAGGCUUGGAAAAGCCAAACGCACUGUGGUCUACUGAAGUAUUCAUAAUACACUCAUGCCUUGACAACCCGUCAAGUUCUCUGGAUUUCUUGGGAGUGGGCAAUGUGCAUGAGGACUGGUACUCCACAUGCAUUCGAAGUACCCCUAGUUGGCUAGCAGAUCUCUCUGAAGAUUUAUAUGUACAACUCCUUUGCUUUAUUGCUGAACAUUGGAAUGGAGGAAUUCGAAGCUCUUUCCAGCAAUUGCUUCUUUUUAAGUUUGACAAUGACUCCAAUGGUGUGGGGUGGGCAAGUUUGUUAGAUAUAUCUUCUAAGGGAAGCAAAAUAUACAUUUCCUCGGAAGAAAGAGAUAUUGCAUGGUUGACGAGGUGUAAUAAAGAGCUGCGAAAUGCUGCACAUUACAAAUUCGAGCAAAAUGAAACACAGAUGGCCAUGACGAGUUUGAGCUUUUAUAAACAAUCAAUGUUGCAACUUGCGGGAAUGGCUAGAAUCGCUAGAUAGAUAUGCUAAGAUCUCUGAACUUUCUGUUUCAAGUUUUAGUAAGCAGCUUUUGGAAGAAGCUAAGGCAUCUAGAAGUAAGGACUUCAUAAUCUGUGUGGCUCAGUUUUUUCAUUUUUCGUCUGUCAAUGGUUAUAUAGAUUCAAUACAAAUGCUCACUUUGUGCAAAGAAUUGCCUGUAGUCAGUGAUUCAGGAUCCAUAGUAAGUAGUUGCAAAGCCAGACUUGUGUCUGCAUUUAUUGGCAAAUGGCACAAGCUGAUAGGAGACAAUCCAUGGGCUGCAGAAGGGAUUGUUGCACUGUAACCUGCUUACAUGAAAGCCAAUGCAAGUGGACUAAAAGGGGAAACGGGGGAUGAACUUGAGUUGUUUAUGAGAAACGGUCUUGGUGCAAUGGACAUUUUCAACCUAAAACCCCCCGAUGCUCCAUUGCCUGCAGUUAAUUCCCCCAUCGGUGAAGAUCAAGCUGUUCUGCUUUUAGAGUGGAUUCAAUAUUUGACUGAGGUCUGCAGUGAGUCCAUGCCCAACAGAUUCCAACGUAGCAUCAUGGAAGGAAAAUGGCUAAAAACCCACCGAGGUUAUGAGUCUCCAAAUAAAUCUUUUUUGUACAAUAUUGAAUGGUCAUCGGCUGGUGUAAAGUUAAAUGACCUAUCCUUUUUAGAUUGUUGUUUCUGCAGCAGGAACAUGAAUGAAUUCAAGGGUGUCCUCCAACGGAUUGGGGUGUUUGUUGAGUUUGGAAUGGGAUGUGAAGAAGUUGCCAAGAUAGUCCAAACACACAGAGAUACUCAAGUCAUAACAAGGCUUUACAAAUAUCUUCACCUUUUCCAUUGGCGGCCUAGUAACGUCAGCUCUCUCAAAAUUUGGAUUCCAAUUCCAUACAGUGGUGGGCUUGCAGGUGUGUGGAAGGAUUCAGAAAUGUGUGUAGUCCAUGAUGACGAUGGCCUCUUCGAUGGCAGGCUACAAAUCCUAGAUAGGUUUUAUGAACACACUCUACUUCCCUUUUUCUCUAGCCACCUUGGUGUGUCUCUACGUCCCAGGAUUGAGGACUACUGCAAUUUGUGGCUGGACUGGAUAAGGAGUAAUCAUGUAGUAACUGAGCCCGAAUGCUGUUCAGUUUGGAGGAAUAUUCUAAAGCACUGGAGGGAAUCCCCUUCAGCUAUAAAAAGACUGUUACCAAAGCAAGGUUCAAAGUUUCCAGCUCACACAAGCAGUGGACAUAUCCAAAUAUGUGUGCCUCAUGAAACCUUCAUUCCCGACGACCUAAGAUUGAAAGAGUUAUUCAGAAAAGCGUCUACAAAGGUCAAAUUUGCUUGGCAUCCUAACCAUCCAGAUCCCAAAAUACCAUUGGACUAACUGUUCUCAAUGUAUGAGUUCUCUUGGAGCUCGGAAACUAUCGAAAGCAGUAGAGGAAAAGGAGGUGUCUGUUUCAACUGACAUCCAUUUGCGCAGGGUUCAAACAGGAGAGGGUUUGUUCAGAAAAGGUCUGUAUAUGAUUAUCCUUGGAUAUCUUGCACAUCCGUCCCUCAAAUUGUCGAGAUAUAGAAGGCAUCAAAUAGUAAGAGCUCUUUUGGAGUCUUCAGCUUAUGAAGCCGCUAAACCCUUUGCAGUCAUGUACACUUAACAAUAAUAACUGAAGAUGAUCAGACACAGCACAUUAAAAUUGCUGCACACUCUCCUGUGCGUUGGGAAAAAGAUAUCAGAAGGAUCUUGAUACAGAAAUGUGAUCCAGACAACCAAAAGGAAAAAAUGUCUUUGGCAACUGAAUUUGCUGAGGUAGUUUCAAAAGGUCUAUUAUCAGAACAUCCAGAUCCUAUUGCAGGUUUAUGUGAGACGUUGAAGCUUGGGUGCAUUGUAGGAUUUGAUACUGAUGCAAUCAAUGAUAUGCUCCAGCGUAAAAACCUCCUAAUUUUUAAAGAAGAUGAGAGUUUCCUUUCAGAAUUUUUUCCAAUUGAAGACUCUCUUGGGCAACAUCAACCAAGAAGACAUCAGGGAUCAGGGAGGAAAAGGUCUAUAACAUCAGUUGAGCCAGCUAAGUCACCACAGAGUUUUGGGAUAUCAGCUAGGCCAGCCAAGUCACCGCACAAUUUUGGGACAUCAGCUGGGCCAUCUAAGUCAGCAUGGUAGUUUUCACCUGAUUUUGUAGAAGGAUGGGAGAAUAGAUUGCAAAUUUUUAGGCAAGCAAUUGACAAUAUGAAAGACUGCACACCCAGUUCUUUGAAGAUUAAGCUAGUGAGAAAGUUAUUCCCUUCAGAAUCAUCAGAUAAAGAGCAGCCAGAAAGCAGUUCAGACCUUAAUCUCAUGAAGGUGACAGGGGAUGCAUGCCUUAAAAUGCUCACAGUUUCAGAAGUUGUGGGCGCCAAUGAAAGCUGCCAAAUGAUGCCAUUUAAGUUGGAAAAUUUACUUGGUGAUGAAGUUUUGGAAUUAGGAAAAUGCAGAGGUUUAACAAGUGAGAAACCUCCCUCUUCUUCUGCUGAUGAAUGUGAUUUUGAGAUGGUCAGGGCCAUUGCAGGAGCAGCUACCUUGAAAUUCUUCAGAGGCAAAGACUAAAUUCACUGGCAAUGUCUCUCCAUAGAAAACAUAAGCCUUCUCUAUCUAUUUUAGUUUUAAAAAAUAUGUCGUGCAGAGGCAUAUAAGCCUUCUCUUCAUAAUUUUCAAAGGAAUUUUUAGGAUUUGAAAAGUGUAUUUGAUUCAGGUUGAUUAUUCAAUAAUAAUUGAUGAAUUGAAAACA